AUGGCAUCGACCUGUCAACUCCCCAAGGGCGUCUUCUCAGACCCACAGGCUCACGAACGUGUCCUCCUCGCCGCUCGCCAACUCGCCCGAUCCCAUCACUCGCAAUACGACCCUUCGCACGACUAUCACCACGUCCAAAGGGUCGUCAGAAACGCAUUGGUUAUUGCUCGAUCCUUCAACACCACGCAUCCAAUUAAGGGAGAGGAAGAACAGCGUUCCGAGACGGCCAACUCGAAGCCGGUCGAUCUCGCCGUCGUUGAACUGGCGGCGUUGUUUCAUGACCUCUUGGAUUCGAAAUACCUCCCUGCGGAUCAGAAAGGGAUGACGGCUCAAGAACGAUUGUCACCGUUUUGGAACGAGUACGCAUCAAAUGAAAACGGAGUUUCGGAAUCGACGACGAAGAACGGCGCUUCCGCGGGAAAGGACACCGAAUUCUCCACCGAUCGACAACGUCUAGUCGAGAGAAUCAUGGAACAUGUCAGCUUUUCCAAGGAGGUCAAGAGGAUUGCUCAAGGCAGCGUGAGCGAGUGGGAGAAGCGGUGUCGGGAACUGCAUUGGUCAGUCAAAAAGUGUUACUUUUUCCAUCAAAGGAAGAAUGCUGACUUCGUGUGCUUUGCCAUGUUGGUGCAGUGUGCAAGAUGCGGACAAACUGGAUGCGAUUGGGGCGUUUGGUGAGUGCGCUUCCGCGGUUAUCGAUGGAGGACUGAUCCGUUUGCGAACCGCUCUCCUCUUUACGUCCCUCUCCACCAGGCAUCAUGCGCUGUUCCGCCUACUCCGCCAUGACCAACCGACCCUUAUACGUCACCGCAACAAGCACCAAGAACGAAAAUACCCAAGCCGCAAACGAUUGUGCGAUCCAACACUUCCAUGACAAAUUGUUCAAGUUGGAAGGCAUGAUCAAGACGAGUAAAGGGAGGGAGAUGGCGAGGAAAAGGACGGAGUUGAUGAGGGUUUUCGUAAGAGGGGUGGAGGAAGAAUGGCUGGAAGGGGAAGGGGAGGUGUGA